AUGGUGACACUGACUCUCGCGGCCUACAAGCUGUGGAAGCCCACCAUAGCCUGUAUGGAGGUGGAACCGAUUGGCUCUACAGACCGCCAUCACCUAGCCAGGCUGCGAAGUUCGUCCACACCUCCCAUCACCUGGAGAGGACCCGACGGACGAUCAGAUAUGUCGCAGCAGCAGGUGAAAGAGGGGCUCAGAACGGCAGGGGCGGUUUUAUUCCUCAUCUCGUUCAUCAUCCUGUUGGCCGUCGCUGGGAAGCUCUGCGUGAAGCGCUAUCGGGCGGACGCGCCGCUAUUGACGCCGAAAUACCCAACGGAUCCGCCUAGAUCACCGACCUGA